CUGCAUCGAGUGACUCUCAUGGUUUGAGCGUGUUGAUAACCCAGUUUAUUUUAAACAUCUAUUUAACUGGACAAAAAAAAAACGUUUAUUCGUCUACAAAACCGUACUCGAAUAAAUAGAUCUAAGCCGGUAAAGUUUAACAUCGCUUUCCAAGCCAGCUGUCAGGCAGCGCUCUCCACCGCUCGAACCCUAGACUCUAAAAUGGCUGGUUGUAGGUCCGAGGAAAUAAAUAUGCUACUGUUGUUAUACAUAACUGUGGAUCCGACGCGACACCUUUUUAAUUGUGUGAUGAAAUAACCGUUUCUGACUGCCGGGUUUUCUCGUUUGUCCCAGGUUCGAGCGUUGUGCCAUUCAUUCACGCCCAUUGGCCUUUUCGGACCUCGGACUGCGCGUAAUGGCGUCUCCCCCUUACAGCGUCGCUUUUAUUUCAAAACGAAGAGUGAAACAUAGGUUCGACUAUUCAUAGUAUUUGAGGAUAAUGACGUCACACGUGAAUGGAUUUUAUUUUUCCAAGUUGGGAUGUUAACCACAUUUGAAGCCCAGUCAAUUCGCUGACAUCACUCCUCUCGACCCCCUUCGCUGACCAGCGCGUUUAUUGCAGGAGAAGAAGGAUAACAUCUUGUGUCAAUGGUUAGGCGACUUAUUAAACAACGCGGUUUAGUUCGAGCCCGUAUAAAAUAAAUUGCAGGCUGUAAACAGUUGCUUAUGAUUCAUAUUAGUGUGCUGUAGCGUAGUGAGGCUUGCAUGUAGCUCUAUAGCUGUCAGAGAUGAAUCACAUGAACUUGAGAUGGAGAUAUUCUAACGCAAGGAUUUUAUGGAUGACAAUGAAAUAUAAAAUAAGCAUGUCCCAAAAUGAAUUCUCACUUGGCGGUGGUCCUGACCAAUGGCAUCUUAGAUAAUGGGAAUGGCAACCAAUCCCAGACCAGAUCAGGAGCAGUGCUGCAGAUCCUUAAAGAUUCAGUGGAUAUUGCCUUAUCCUGCCCUCAAGGUAACAUCCAAUCAAGUACUCUCAAACAGACAUCCUCCAGUAUCGGCAUCCAAUCAGAUGAUGGUAAAGCUACAGAGGUGGGUGGGACAUCUUUGAGUGGUCUGCAGGACGUUGGUAAACCAAGCAGACUCAACCUUCCAAUCACAGUCAGGACUGGAAGGCCUGUUUUGUGCAAUCAGCCAAUAAGAAUCAAGGUUGUCAUCCCUGGUCUAUGCAAAAGGCCUAUCACAAACUUGGCAACUAGCUCUACCAAAGCUGUGGUCCCAUCUGAUGGUCCAGUAUGUCCACUGGGACCUGUAGCGGAGUCUUCUGGGCCUGGUCCAGACCAGCGCAUGGAGAUCGAUCCAAAUGAGAUAUCUGCACAGCGAAACCAAACCACCACCACCUUCACCACCGCUACUGAGAACCAAACACAAGACACAGAGCAGGCUGGGAGAGGCGAUGAAGCAAGGAACAGGGAUGAAGAUGGGGGUGACGGUGGCACACCCCUCCUCUCCACCCCUGACUCCGUCAACACCCAGAGGGAUGGAGGAACAAGGGAAGAGAUGGAGGAGGAGGGAGAUUCAAAGAACAAGGUCUCCUCACGGCACGGUCUCUCUCUCGCCAUCGCAGAGAGGUCUGGAACGGUGAAAGCUGUUGAGACGAGGGCUGUAGAGGAGGAGGAGGGGGGAAGAGGAGAACAGGUAGAAGUGUUGGAUUUGAGUUUGCCUAAAAAGAUAGACGUUGUCGUGAAAGAGUGUCGGAGUGGCUGUUACCCGGGCGACGCGGCCUGCGAAAGCUCGUUGAUAAUGGAGGUGGACGAGAUCGAGGGGGAGGGGGAUCGGGACGUGGUGGAGGAAGAUGACGGCUCAGACGAGGAGGACACGGAGCCCAGGGAGGGGAACGCUCUUCCGUCUCCCUCCUUCUUCUCCACCUCCAUCUUCACCUCCCUCUCCUCCAUAGACUGUGACUCCGAGAGCUUCCUCCUCAUAGACGACCAGGGAAUCCCCUACACUCUUACUGCGGACGGACACAAAGUGCCCCAGACAGACUCCCCCCGACGUGAUCCCCCCCUCUCAGGCCAGGCAAUGGUUCGAUCGGACGCUGUGGGGGUCGGGGAAAAGAGGUCGGCUGCGGCCUCAGGGGUCAAACACACUGGCCCGAGUUCAGCAAACACACCGAAUACUCACACGGGGGAUUCAGGGAUUCUCUGUGGCGCUGCUGAAAGCGGUCGUUCGAAGACCACAGGACUCUCCGAGGGUAUGGAGGUUUUGAAGAGCCUGGGACAGCUGACGACCACCGAACCCAAGAAGGUUCCAGAAGGAGCUAUGAAAGUUGCCGUUUCCAAGCCCUGUGUGUCUGCUGUUCCUCCGCAGUCUAUUCAGAUACUGACCAACCCUUCCUCCAAUACCCCCUUUCUCCUCCUCUCCUCCACACCCCAGCUCUCCUCCUCUCCUCUGGCCCUCUCUCUCCCCCUCUCCCUCCCCCAGAACUCACCCGGGACCUCCACCCCCAUGCUCCUCCUCCUCUCUUCAAUCCCCUCUUCGUCCGGUCAGUCCUUCUCCACCUCCACCCCCAUUGCUGUCAUCAACUCCUCAACAGGCCAGCUCUCGCAGAUCACUGCCUCUCCUUCCUCCAUCUCUCUCCCUCUUACGUCUGCUCAGGUUACCCCAGCAGGGUCUGCCCCCUCGGGCUCUUCUCACCCCGUCAUCAGACUGACCCCCAACAACCCUCCUCUCAUCCUGUCGAGAGCGGGGGAGACCUCCAGCCUGCCCUCCACCCUCCCGUCUCCCUCUGUCCUCUCCUCCUCCACCAAGCUGCCCACCGUGGUCGUCAGCGGCAACUCUGGAGUUAAAAUAUGUCCAGCUCCUCAGGUCAAAUCUGGCCUCUCCGACCCUGACCCCGAUGACAGCCCAUCUGCCGAGGAAACCCAGUUCCACGACGACCCACCAUCCCCUCCUGCGCCCCCACAGCCCUCUCAGCCGACCUCUGAACUUUCGAGUCAACCAAGCCCUGGGGAAUCCGACCAAUCGCCUGGCCCAGAGUCUGAGCUUGCUUCCGGGGACUUGACCUCAGACUCGUUCCCGUUGAACGACCACCCCUACUUCUCUUCCGGCAGCACUGCGGCCUGUGGUUCUCCUACUCUGGUGCCCAUAGCGCCCGCUGGCCAACCAGGGGAACUGGAGCCCCUCUCCCCGCCCUCCUCGCCCUCCUCCCUGGGCCCUCGCAGGGUCCUCUUCUGCCAGCUGUGCCCCCGUGUCUUCUACUAUCUGUCCGACCUGGAGCGCCACUCCAUCACGCACUCUCAGAUCAAACCGCACGUCUGCCAACAGUGCGGCAAGGCCUUCAAACGCUCCAGCCAUCUGCAGAGACACAAGCACAUCCACACGGGCCAGAGGAACUUUGUGUGCUCCAUCUGUGCCAAGCGCUUCAGGGAGUCUGGUGAGCUGCAGCGCCACCAGCGGGUACACACCGGGGAGAAGCCCUACCAAUGCCAACUGUGCCACACGCGCUUCGCAGAGCGCAACACCCUCCGCCGACACACCCGGCGCAAACACCCCUACCACCAGGUGGCCAUGGAGAUGCUGAGCGAGAGGAGAGGAGGAGGAGGUGGGGUAGGAGGUAGGGCUGGAGGAGGAGGGGAUGAAGAGGAGAGCGCCGAGUGGUAUAGCUCCACCGUGUCUAACUUUGGCAACUCUGACUCGGAAACAGACACGUAAUAGAUGUGUCUUCAGAUAGACGCGAGGGAAGGGGGAAGCAGACGUCAGAUUGGGUUGGGAAUCAUUUCAGCAGGCUGUCAUGUGAUCUCCUCCAGGUACUUCCACAGCGGCCCCAGCAUCCCUCAUCCUGUCUGCGCUCGGAGAGGCUUUCCAGUAAUGCAGCUGUCCGCAGCAACAAAGCUGCAGUGCAAAAAUAAUGCGGCAAGAAAGCUUUAGCUGUCACUUCAAGCUCUGAGGAAUCUGAAACCACACUGGAGAUAUACAGGAACUGGUUUAACAGCUAUAGCUAGCCCCAGUCAGUUGCAAGCUAGCAAACUUUCCAGAAGUUUCCCUACCAUGUAAGAUAGAACAUUCUUCAUUAUCUUGUCCAACAGCCUCGUAGCUUAUUGAACAGAUCCCACUUGUUUGGUGGAGGUUGUGGGGAGCAUAAACCAAGAGGGGGGUUUCCUGUUAAGA